GGGAGCUGCUGCAGGAGCACGAGCUGCAGGAGCUGCGGCAGGCGGCAGCGGCAUGUCAUGUGGAUGGUAAGGGUGGCGCCGCCGGUUCCUCCUCGCCCACGCCAAGCAGCAGCAGCAGCAGCAGCCCUGCUGGUGAGGGUGCCAUGGAUCCUCCUCUGCAGGCGGUGUCUUCAGGGGGGUUUGAUUUGGGACAGCUGCUAUCACGUGAGUGUCGGAGUGACGCUCGCAUAGACCAGGCCGCCAAACGGGUCAUGGAUGCGCGCAAGGCGCUGUUCGACAUGCAGGUCGCAGCGCACCUGCUGCAGCCCCCCACCGCCGCGGACCAGGUCGUAUCCGACGGGGUGGCCGCGGGGGCGCGGCGCACGGCGGCUGCAGAGCUGCGCAACAGCUCGGGGAGGCGGGUGUGUUUGAACUUCUGCGUGAAGCGCAAGCUGGCGGCGGCGCCGGAGCUGGCGGCGUGCGUUCAGAAGUGGGACCAGGCCACUCGGGUGCAGGUGGGUGCCGGCCUGCUGUCUGUGGGCCUGUCCUGCCUGCACAUCCACAACCCGGACAGCGGGGCGGAGGAGCGCGCCUUCCAGCACCGCAGCAGCAGCCUCAAGACCUUCACCAGGGGCGGCAUACAGUCGCCCGGCCUCAUCAUGGCGCACCCGCAGGUGCUGAGGCUGCUGGAGGGAGAUGAGGAGCUCCGGCGCAUGCUGCAGCCGCACAUGAUGCCCAUGGUGGUGGAGCCGCGCCCCUGGAGCGGCGUGCGGCGGGGCGGCUUCCUGUCGCAGACCACCCCCGUCAUGAAGGCGAGGUACAGCCCGAAGAUCAUCGAGCGAAUCCGCACCGCGCACGCCAGCGGCGCCAUGCAGCCGCUGUACGACGCCCUGACGGUGCUGGGCAACGUACCCUGGCGCAUCAACACACGCGUGCUGGGGGUGCUGGAGAAGGUGCUGGAGUCAGGCGGUGGCAAGCUGGGUAUCCCCCCCAGCCACAAGCGCCCCCUGCCGCCCCGCUUCACAACCACCCUCAACGAGAGCUACCGGUCUGUCCUGGGCGACUCCCAGGCUCCCCCCCAGUGCGGCACGCCCUACAUGCGGCUGCAGCGCGAGGGGCGCGGGCAGCUGCUGGUGGGGGCGGGGGCCAUGAGCCGAGCGGAGGAGGAGGCGUACCAGCGGCAGUGCGAUGCGGUCCGGAUGGCCAACUGCAACGACACGGGGUUGCGCACCGUGCUCAAGUACCGCAUGGAGAUUGCGCGGCAGUACGCGGGGCGCAUGGUGGGCAGCGGGGGGGCGGCAGCAGCGGCAGGCGGGGUUGGCGCGGGUGGGGGUGUAGUGGAUCUGGUGGAGGGCGGGCGGCAGGAGCAGCAGGGAGAGCCAACCGUGUUCUUCCAGCCGCACAAUAUCGACUUCAGGGGUCGCGCCUAUCCCCUGCACCCGCACCUAACCCACCUGGCGGAUGACGGCUCCCGGGGGCUGCUGCAGUUCGGAGUGGGCAAACCGCUGGGGGAGCGGGGCAUGCAAUGGCUGCUCAUGCAGGUCGCCAACUACUGGGGCCGCGGUAUCGACAAGCUGCCCCUGCAGCAGCGCCUGGCCUGGGCCGAGAAGCACCUGCCGGCCGUGCGCGCCUCCGCGGUGUCCCCCCUGGAGGGGGCUGCGUGGUGGCAGGCGGCGGAGCGGCCCUGGCAGAUGCUGGCCACCUGCUUCGACAUCGAGGAGGCGCUGCGGUGCGGCAGCAGCCCCGCGGCGCAUGUCAGCUACCAGCCUGUUAGCCAGGACGGCACCUGCAACGGUCUGCAGCACUACGCGGCGCUGGCUCGCGACUCGGGCGGUGGGCGGGCGGUGAACCUCUUCCCCACGGAGCGACCGCAGGACGUGUACCAGGCGGUUGCCGACGCGGUAGCCGACCGAGUGGCCCGCGCCGCCGCACAGGGCCGCUCCGAGGCCGUCAAGGUGCACGGUUCCGUUGACCGCAAGCUGGUCAAACAAACCGUUAUGACGUACGUGUACGGCGUUACGAUCAUCGGGGCGCGGGAGCAAGUGGAGAACCGACUGGAGGAGCGCGGCUGGACCAAUGCGAAGGAGCGGCGCAAGGUCGCCACCUACAUCGCGUCCAUCAUCUUCGACUCCAUGGGCGACGUGUUCGGGCCCAUGGUGGCGGUGCGCACCUGGCUGGGGCAGUGCGCCCGGCAUGCCACCUCCAGCGGUCAGCCCGUCAUGUGGAGCUCGCCACUGGGGUUCCCCAUCGAGCAGCCCUACCGCCACCUGCCCUCGAAGAUGGUGGGCACCGCGCUGCAGACCUUCAAGUUGCGUGACAACGGGUUCGAUGCGGAGUCGCCCAUCGACGUGCGGCGGCAGUGCAGCGGCUUCCCGCCCAACUACAUCCACUCGCUGGACGGGGCGCACAUGAUGAUGACGGCCAUGCAGGUGCGCCGCAACGGCGGCUGCUUCGCUGCAGUGCACGACAGCUUCUGGACGCACGCGUCGACCGUGGACGACAUGAAUCGAGCCAUCCGCGACACCUUCGUCGAGCUGCACACCCGCCCGCUGCUGCACGAGCUGCACGCGGAGGUGGCGGCCAACCCGCUCUACCGGAGCGCGUAUGUGCAGCUGCCGCCGGUGCCGCCGCCGGGGGACAUGGACCUGUCCGUGGUGCGGGACUCCGCCUACUUCUUUUCUUAGGGAGGAGGCGUUUGUUGGGCUGGAAGGGGAUAAACUCAAAGGACUUCUUCUUCUAGGGGGCGUUCUCCUGGGAGACGUUUGCCCUGCUAUGGAAGCCACUUCUUCUUCUUCUUCUUCUCCUGGUAGGGAACCUGCUUCUUCUUUCGUAGGGAAGACGGAGACCGCCUGCUUCUGCCCGUAGGCAUUUGUUAUCCUGAAAGGGGAUACAAUUAAAAGGCGUAGGGUAGGAUGGGCUGCAUGGGUAGGGGAGGGUACGGCGGGGUAGGAGGGCUUAUGUAGGUGUGGAGGCUGGGAGAUGGGUGGUGAUGAGCUCUGGAGAGCUUUUGCAGGGAGGUCUUGGAAUAGUAGGGUUUAAGCGUGGGAUGAGGGGCGGAAAUGUUGGAGAGGGCGAAGGGGGUGGUUUUGCGUAGGAAAGUGUAGUAAAACGUGAUACCUCGGUAGCUUUGCCUGCUGGUGGUGCUGGGGUGGAGCUCGCGGCUUAAGAGGAAGGAAAGGAGGUGCAGGGAGGAAGGGCAGGCGGGGUUAAAAAGUAUAGGGUUAAGGUGAACUGUUGGGAAGGCAGUCGGCAAGGUAGAUGUUGAGACUGGAAUAUCUUCAUCCUGUGGCCGAAGAAGGGGUGUGCAGGGACGAUGGUGGCGGGUGCAGGUGCGGAGAGCUCCUGCUUACGUUGCGGUGCAGGUAUGUGCGUUUUAAUUGGACUGGUCGCACAAACCGACAUGGACCAUGGAUAUGUGUGCGUGCGUGAGCACUGUGCGUGUGUGUGUUUUAACUUGCGCGCGCACAUGCAUUUCAUUAACCGGACGGGGCAGUAUCGCUCCGUAAUUUGUCAUGUGUUUCGUUGCUAGUACGGUUUGUUUCACGCAAGUGGCUAGAGGUGUUCCUAGAGACAGGGCAGGUGAAUCAGGGGGCGGACGAGCUGUUCAGAUUUGGCGUGAUGUGUGCAGGAGUUAGGGCAGCAAAGGCCAAAUGAGGUAUCUGCCUCCUUUCAUAGUCGAGACCCCUCGUGCCGCGUGUAAGAGGGAUGGAUGGAAGCACGAGCGGCAUCUGCAUGCGGGGGCCCGUGAUCCGUAUUGCAUGGGGGCCGUGAUCCGUCCCUGAGCAAGCAGGUAGCGCGAGAGGGGCUUCGGGGUGCGAGGUCGCUGGUCUGACCGCUGGUGGUCUGGUACCGGUACCGGUAGGGGCUUCAUGUAAGGAUAAGGAACGAG